AUGGCCAACUCAGGACUGGAGAUAGUGGGUCUGAUACUGACACUGAUUGGGCUGAUUGGGACGGCCGCAAGCACGGGGAUGCCGAUGUGGCGAGUCACAGCUUUCAUUGGGGAGAACAUCAUUGUUUUUGAAACCCGCUUUGAGGGUCUGUGGAUGAAUUGCUAUCGGCAGGCUGACAUCCGAAUGCAGUGUAAGGUAUACGACUCUCUCCUGGCACUGCCCCCUGAUCUACAGGCGGCCCGGGGGCUCAUGUGCUGCGCUCUGGCGUUGGGUGGUCUCGGUCUGCUGAUCGCUUUGCUGGGGCUGCAGUGCACGUCAUGUAUCCAGAACAAUGAUCGAGCGAAGCGGCUGGUCCUCAUCAUUGCAGGAAUCCUGAUCUUAAUGGCUUGCCUCUGCGUCCUUAUCCCAGUGUCCUGGACAGGUCACGUCAUCAUCAGGAACUUCUACAACCCCUUGAUCAUCGACGCCCAGCGAAGGGAGCUCGGUGAGGCUCUUUACAUCGGCUGGAUGUCCUCUGCUUUCUUCUUUGCUGGAGGAUGCAUGUUUCUUUGUUGCAGUCUGCAUUCCGAGGACAAAGUUUCAGAGAGGUAUGUGUACUCAAGGAACUCCGACUACGUUACCUAUCCUCCUCAGCCCUUGCAGCCUCAACGGCUGGUGCUACUUCCCCAACAACAACCCCAGUUUCAGCCAAUGCUGUCAAGGUACCCAUCAUCCAACAGCUACAGCUACCCUUCCACAUACCCCUCUGUACGCAGCGGGGUGGCUUAUCUCUGAACACCUAAACUGACUGAGGUUAUGAUGAUCACAGCUCACAUGUUCAAUAUAAGCUUGGGGAUUUCUAUUUUAAGAAGGCUUUGCUUACCAGUAUAAUCAAUGACACAUUUCAAAAAGGUGACAAAAUACACAUUUCAAUGAAUACAUGAACUGUGAAUUCAAAUGAGUCAAAUCCAUAUGGAUGUCUGUUUGAAAUCACCCGCAUUAAAUGAUAUACAAUAUUUUUGAAAGAGUGUUGUUGUUGAAGAGCAAUAGUAACAGAAUUGUAAUACCAACCAACUUUUCUAAUUAUAAUCCAGACUGUGUAAGCCAAUACAUGUUUCACAUUACUCUUAUAAGCGUUGUAUAUCACAUUGUAUACUGGCAGCCUUAUUUAUUUAUUUAUUUUAGGUUACCAAUGUUGUAUGCGUAAACUUAAUAUAACCAUUCAUGCAGCCUUUAACCAACGAGUAAAGUGACACAAGUGUAUUUGUGUUAACUGUUAAAUGCUUUUGGUUGUUGUUGGCACUGAACUAUGUAGAAAAACAGUUUAUACUCAACCCAUUGUCCUUCAACAUUAGCUGUGCCUGAGCACACAUCUGUGUGGUAAAAAAAUACCUUUUUUUCCCCAGCACAAAUCCCCCCAAAUACACACAGUACUCAUUGUUCUGCUUUUUUGACAGUUGAUCAAGUUACAGGUAGUUAAGCAAAUUCUAAAUUGAUGAGUGAUUGUGUUGGAAAUUCACAUGGAUAUUUGUUUCUAAAAUUCAAAAAAUGUUGUAAUAAUAAGAAUACAUUUAAAUUUGUAAAGCGCUUUAUAAAAGGCACUCAAGGCACUUGAAAACACGCACAAGAGAGAUGACAUAACAGUAAGAAACAAAACAUUAUAACUAUUAAAACAACAGUACAUUUGUGCAUGUCAUGUCAAUUGGAACAGCAUUGGUAGUCUUUGUUUAUGUUUGGUAUGAUGCCCUGGAGGUCUAAGGAACUAAUAGAAUUGAACCAAUGGCUAAGUAAACGUGAGAUGCAGGUUUAAGACUGCUUGUUAAAGGUGUGGACAUCUGCCUUAGUGUUUGUGAAGAAGCCAAACAUGGACAAACAGGUGGCUUGAUCACGUGAUAAGAAUUUGCAAGUCACUUUGAAUAGAACGUUUUAGACCAAAAGUUGUAGUUCACAUCUAGUUUAAUCCGACUCCAUAUAUUUAAGCAAUUAAAGAACAUGUCUUUCUCUGUCUCUGCUCAGUGAAGUAUAGUAUAGCUCCUAACCUAUUUGGUCAGCUCAUUUCAUUUUCAGUGAGUUCAAAAGCUGGAGACUCUCUACUCCUUAUGCAGUGUGUGUAAUGGCAGUCGUCAAAGUACAGUCAUUUAAAUCUGAACAUAUUUGUAUUUGAUGUAAUGACAAUGUUACCUUUCUUCAUUGUUUUCGACUAUAUGUAUGUCUUCUCAACAACCCUACAAUUAUAAAAAUCAGGCAUAUUUGAACUUCUAAUUAAACUAUAUUUCUGGUACUUAAUCAAUAAUUGUGUUUGGACUGUGUGAUGUAUGUUCCCUCUCUGUAUAAUCACCUUGAACGUCAUUUCUGCUCCCCUGUGGACAACAGUAGUACUGCAGGAGCUUGAUGUGCCACACUGUAUUAAAUAAAUAUACACUUUUAUUAAUCCCCAAGGGGAAAUUAGUUCUCUGCAUUUAACCCAUCCUUAGUUAUUAAGGAGCAGUGGGCUGCAGUGAAGUGCCCGGGAAGCAACUGGGGGUUCAGUGCCUUGCUCAAGGACACUUCGACUUGCAACUGAUGGGGAGAGCGGGGAUCGAACCCACAACCUUGCGGUUGCAAGACGGCCCUCUUACCCAACUGAGCUACAGCCACCCUGUAUUGUUUGUUUCU